AUGAUGGAGAAUGGUUAUGAUGGGAAAUUUGCGGAGAAAUUCUCAGCGUUGGCGAUUUCGAACGCUGCUGAUACUAUUCGUUCCUCAAACGCCAACCACAACCACCAAAACGACAGCAGCUUGUUUCAGGUCAUGAAAGCCGUGGAAGCUGCGGAAGCCACCAUCAAGCAACAAGUCGAAGAGAAUCUCCGACUGAGGACUGAACUUCAGCACAAGAUUCUUGAGCUCGACAGAUAUAAACUAGAUGAAUCAAUGGCCCAAAGGUCGCCUUCAGUUGAUCCUUGGUCCGAGGGUCUCCAAACAUCUUUUCAAGCUCAUCAAACAGUUCCCACUGUGGAUGGUCAAGACAACAGAAUUAAGAGUACUGAUGCCCCAAUACAAAGUCAUGCUGAAACUCAAUCCAACAAUGGCACAAUCAAUGGAACCAUGAAGCUGCCUACAGAUAUUGCUGGCUCCUCUCACUUGUCUUCGCCAUCUACCACAUCAUUUUCUCCGGGAAGGUUUAACACGGUAGGAGAAUAUGAUCCACCGUUCAAUUUUUCUGGGCAAGGGCUGAUGCCAAUGGCUGAAUUAAAUACUCCUAGUAGCCUCUGGAAACAGGAUCUGAGUGUUAAGAUUCAUGAACAUGAAGAAGAGAUUAUGCGUUUACGGAAACAUCUUGCUAAUUAUUCAAUAAAGGAAGCACAAAUACGCAAUGAAAAAUAUGUUCUGGAGAAGCGUAUUGCUUAUAUGCGUCUGGCCUUUGAUCAGCAGCAACAAGAUCUUGUCGAUGCUGCAUCAAAAGCUCUAUCUUAUAGACAAGACAUUAUCGAGGAAAACAUACGCCUCACAUAUGCAUUACAGGAUGCACAGCAAGAGAGAUCAACAUUUGUUUCAUCUUUGCUGCCUCUUCUUGCAGAGUACUCUUUGCAGCCACCAGUUCCUGAUGCCCAAUCAAUUGUUAGCAAUGUCAAGGUUCUAUUUAAACAUUUGCAAGAAAAGCUCCUUCUUACUGAGACAAAAUUAAAGGAGUCACAGUACCAAUUUGGACCUUGGCGCUCAGAUUCAAAUCACUCUAACAUUGCCCCGCAGUCACCGUCUCACUCCAUUGGUGCAGCAUUGGCUACUUCAAACAAAAAUGGGCUAGAACUGGUUCCGCAGCCAAUAUAUUCCCAUGAAACAGUACCAGUUUCUACUUCUGAUGCUCAGACAACCACAGAGUGGGAUCUAUUGGGUCGCCAUCAGAGUGGUUUGGGUGGUGUUGUCACAAAUAACAUGAAAGCCAAUGGCCUGGGGAGGUAUUCACCUAUAGAAAGCAGGACUUCUGCAGCCCAAGAUGUACCUACUCAACUUGCUGUUACUCAGGGUGAUGCACAAGUAACUCAGUACAGUGAAGAAACCACCAAUAAACAGGUCACAUUUCGUGAUCCUGUCAGGAACUCAGAGAGUGAUUAUCAAGAUCCAGAAGGAAACCAUAAUGAGAGAGAAACGUCAGCCAAUUGGAAUUCAGGAAACGCUCCUUACACAACAGCGCUUGAUGAUCCCAGCUCCUCGUAUGCCCAUUAUCUACCACCAGUGCUUGAAGAACCUUCUUCUUCGUUUUCAGAGGCUGCAGAUGAUGAUCCGUUACCAGCUAUAGAUGGCCUACAAAUUUCAGGCGAAGCUUUUCCUGGACGGGAACUUCAAGCAUGUGGAUACUCUAUUAAUGGAACAACCAGUUGCAAUUUUGAGUGGGUACGCCAUCGGGAAGAUGGAUCUGUUAAUUACAUUGAUGGAGCAAAGCAACCAAACUAUCUUGUUACUGCUGAUGAUGUUGAGGCAUACCUUGCUAUUGAAGUCCAACCUCUGGAUAACAGGAAGCGAAAGGGAGAGCUUGUGAAGGUUUUUGCCAAUGAGCACAAAAAGAUAACUUGCGAUCCUGAAAUGCAAAGUCACAUAGAGAAGAUUCUUAGUAGUGGUCAUGCUUCGUUUAAAAUUUAUCUGUCGACUGGAUAUCUUGAUAUAUGGGAACCGGCUACGUUGGCAAUUAAGAGGGAAGCGUAUAGUAUUAAGUGUAGUGAAACUAGUGGUGUUGUACUUACAGAAAAGUUUUCGCCAACAACACUUGUAACAAUUCCAUAUGGAAGUCCUACAGAACUCAUAAUAUCUAAUCCUGGCGGGGGUGAGCAUAUUUUAAAAACAGAUGAUAGCUCGACCGAUAUUAGCUGGUAA